GGUUAGUACUUAUGUAAUGUUCUCUAGUCAUAUGCCAGUACCAGACAUGAAAAUGUUAUAUUUUAUAAUGAUAGUUUUAUUUCAAGUAAACCAAGUACUAGUAGUAAAAAUUGAAGACCUACCUAAAGACCAUGAGUAUUUUAUUGCAGUGAUAAACAAAUUACAUAAAGACAUAGAUCCUGAAAACAGUGAUAAUAUAAUAUCCGGUUAUGGUUUCAAGGACGGUAUGUUUGAACCACAAGUAUUUGUUACAUUUAAAAGAAACUUACUUCUAAUAAUAGAACAGAUGGCAUAUUAUUAUUUUGAUAAAAAAGACGUCAUAUUAUUUAACUCGGAAUAUAUUUUUAACGUUUGUCCGUUACUCCCACGAUUAUUGGAUUUUAUUUAUGUGGGUUCUGUGAUAAAUUCAAACAUAAUUUUGUUGAAUAAAAUGUACAUAGUUCUUUGUAAAAAAUUACCAUCUUUCUAUAAAAAUUAUAACUAUGAGUACAUAAGUUAUGUCAACGAAAAACAUUUAAGGGAACAAAUAGAUGCAAUUUUUUCAUCUAAACAAUUGUUGGUAAAAAACGAACCAGUACUGCAGGAAUUCUUGUUUAACAAGGAUACAAAACGCGAGUUCAACAAUAUCAAAUAUCUUUCAACAAUUUACAUGAUCAUCGGUAGUAUAAACAUGAUACCAAUAAUGAGAAAUAAUCCCGGUAAAAAAUGGUAUGAUAUUUUUGAUAACCAUUCGCUAUAUGAUAAAAUGAUAACUAAGACAUCGAAAUCACUUGAGGAUAUAGAUAAAAACAUUCAACAAUUUACGGACAAUAGUUUUCAGAAGAUUAAUGAAAAUUAUAUAGAAGUAAUUAUUCAGAAUAAAUGUGGUGAAUUGAAUAAUAAACUUAAAGACCGGGAAUUUUCGAAACCCACUGUAAUACAUGAAUUAUUGCUGUAUACAUUAGAGAGGCUAAACAAUUAUUAUAUGUAUUUUUUGUCAGAAAGUUUAGAAACUUUAAAAAAAAAUACUACAGAAGAUCAGAAUAUAAAAAACAAUUUAUUGGAAAUGUUGAAAGUUACGUGUAUACGUAUUCCGUUAAUUCUUAUGUAUCUUAUAGAAUUUAAUGUAAACGACACUAAACUGUUAAGCUUGUAUUUGACGUUCUGCAGUGACUUUAAAGGAUUCACUAGUGUUCGUUGUUCGAGUUUAUUUCACGCUAAAGUAAAUGAUGAGAAUAAUGUGGCUUGUAAAUUGGAAUCGACGAGAAAUUUUUUUACGUGGAAUAUCUUUACCAUAACAAAUAAGGUUCCAGAAAUUGAUAAAUAUGUACAAAAUGAAUUAUGUAUUCAAUUAAACUUAUAUUUUAUAAAUAACAUCCACGAUAUCGUAUUUAAAUAUUAUGGAGAAAAAAGUGUCCCCGUAUGGACCACGUUCGAAUGGUUGAGUGGUACAUAUUUUUUGACAUCAGAUUACACUAACGUCCAAAUGAAUGAAAUAAAAUCAAAAAAUAUAAUUAUUAAAGACGAGACUAUGAGUUUAUCAGUAGCUUACUAUGCAUUAUUACCAUGGAUGUUGAACGCUAAAUCUCUUAUGGGUUUUCAUGACAUGAUAGUUCUACAUCUGAACACAACAAUAGAUCAGUACGUUUACCGUCACGCCCAAAUCAUAAAUAUGUACUUACAGCAGCAACUAGAUAACAGCGGUUGUAACGUUGAAAAUAAAGUAUUAGAAUUCAUACGUACUAGUCUUCGUUGGUAUGAACACGGGACGAAGAUAUUUUACGAAUACCUUUAUUUUCCAUUCGUACAGGGUAGACCACAAACGUCUCUUCACAUAGACAAAUUAAUUUCUGCAAUAGUGAAUAUAAACAACGAAAACUGUAGAAAUAUCGAGACAUUUAUUCCGGACAGCGCGAGAGAUGAUAUAACACAAUUUUUUUUUAAUAAUAAAAAUUCUAAAAACUUCAAUGAAUCCAAUAAAUUUGACUUGACCAUAGAAUGGAAUUGUAAUUAUGCCAUGGAUUUCGUAAGUACUUUUAUUUUGAUCGUAAAUAAAUCGAUGAGAAUGAAAAUUGAAUUUGAUAAAGAAAAAAUGAAGGAAUUAUACUGUUUAAGUCAUAGUAUUUUUGUUGUUAAAUCCCGGGGCAAGUCUAUCAAUAUAGGAAAAUGAGCGUGGUUAACAGUGACAGGCAGUAGAAGUAUAUACGAUGGUUUGGUACUCCAGAUUUUCCAUUGCAGUUGAUCCUACACCCUUGGUAUAAGUGUGAUUUUCUUAUAAUUAUUUAAUAAUAAAAAUCAUCAAUUAGUAAUUUUGAAAUAUAUUUGAAUACAUAUAUAUUUUAUUAUACAGUAAACAAUUGUAACUGUUACAAAUCACAAUGUAAUAAAUAAAUAUAAAUAAAACUUAUUGUGGAUUCUUAUGAUGUGUCUUUUAAUUACUCUAUGUAUAUUUAAGAAUUUAAUAUCGGUUUUGAUUAAAAAAAAACGUUCUAGAAUAAUGAGGUCGGGU